GGAAAAUUAAAAAAGAACCUCGGGGGAAGAAUAUUGGAAUUCGAUUUCAAAUUUCGUAGAGAGGUGGAAAAUGCAACUUGCUGGAAGGAAACACCUUAAAGUCCACACUCUCCCUCUGAACAAUCAAAUCCAAAAUUGGAAUUCGAUUCCAGGAAUCAUAAUAAGUGAAUCAGGGUUCAUCGGAAUUUAAUUCCAAAAGAAAGGGCCGGUUCAGAUGCAACUAAUCUCUACCCAAAAAAGCUUAAUUAAACAGCGUGUCGUUUGGAUAUUGUCACCUUAUAAGGUUAACUUGCCCAAAAUAGCGAAAUCCUAACUCUACAAAAUGAAAAUGGAGGAGCACUAGUACAUUGCAUAACAUAAAGCCACCUCUAGGCACCGCCACCACCACCACCACCACCAACACCAACACCAACACCAACACCGACGAAACGUCGUCGUUGUCGUCAAAAUCUAAUUAAAGAUGCCGUCGUCGUCAAUGAUUUUUUCUUCUUCUACAACGCCGUCGUUUUUAUCAUCAUCGUCAUCUUCAUCAUCAUCACAUUUUUCUUAUUCUCGUUUAUCGUAUGGACUGUCUUUAGCUUUCAGUAGCUCUCCCUCUCGAGUCAUCUCUCAAAAGAGCGUUAGAAGUGAUAUGGCUGAAGCGGUAAAUGUGAAUGGGAAGCCAAGUAGUCCUACUAUCAAUGAACGGACACUGCCAAAGUUUUUGGAAUCUGCACUUACUGAGAAAUCUGUUAAAAGAAGCAGCACCAAAAUUAAAUUGUUUUCUGGCUCUGCUAAUCCCGCUCUUUCUCAGGAAAUUGCUUCGAAUAUGGGGCUGGAACUGGGAAAGGUCAACAUCAAACGAUUUGCUGAUGGUGAAAUCUAUGUUCAAUUGCAAGAAAGUGUUAGAGGAUGUGAUGUGUAUCUAUUGCAGCCAACCUGUCCUCCAGCGAACGAGAAUCUCAUGGAGCUUUUGAUCAUGAUAGAUGCAUGUAGGAGAGCAUCUGCCAAGACCAUUACUGCUGUCAUUCCCUAUUUUGGAUAUGCCAGAGCAGAUAGAAAGACUCAAGGUCGUGAAUCUAUUGCAGCUAAACUUGUUGCAAACCUUAUCACUGAAGCAGGUGCAAACCGUGUCCUCGCUUGUGAUAUUCAUUCUGGGCAAUCUAUGGGUUACUUUGAUAUCCCUGUUGACCAUGUGCACUGUCAGCCUGUGAUUCUCGAAUAUCUGGCCAGCAAGGCAGUUCGUUCUAAUGAGUUGGUAGUGGUUUCCCCUGAUGUUGGUGGAGUUGCAAGAGCACGAGCUUUUGCAAAAAAGUUGUCUGAUGCCCCUUUAGCUAUUGUUGAUAAAAGGCGUCAUGGACACAAUGUUGCUGAGGUGAUGAACCUUAUUGGUGAUGUAAAAGGAAAGGUUGCAGUCAUGGUGGAUGACAUGAUUGACACUGCUGGAACAAUUGCAAAAGGAGCAGAACUUUUACAGCAAGAAGGGGCUAGGGAAGUCUAUGCAUGCUGCACUCAUGCUGUUUUCAGCCCUCCUGCCAUAGAGAGGUUGUCGAGCGGCCUGUUUCAAGAAGUGAUAAUUACAAACUCAAUUCCGGUAGCUGAGAAAAACUAUUUUCCUCAGUUGACUGUUCUUUCAAUAGCUAACCUGUUGGGUGAGACAAUUUGGCGUGUUCAUGAUGAUUGUUCCGUGAGUAGCAUUUUUCAAUGAAUACAUUUAGGAAUAUCUACUGCUGGGGGCAUAUAACUUGACUCAACUAAGCCUUAAAUCCCAAGUAUUAGAGAGCUGAGUUCUUCCUCCAUUCAGGCUUUUCAGCUUUGGUUAAGGUCAAAUUUUCUAUUAGCUAUUGAUAUCCCAAUGAUGGUGGUUCCUUUUAAAUUCUAAUUCAUAGGUAUCACAGGGAAGGUUUAGGCUCAAAACUAAACACAGGAGGAGUUAAUAAUGACAUUGAUCUUAGGGCUGCUUCAGCUUCCUCUUCCUCUCUUUAUCUAUUUACCCUCUAUCUUGUUGUAAUCCAAAUUUUUAAUUUUAUAAGCAGGCUAAAGCCUGAGUGCUGCUUCUCCAUAGUGAGGCUUGUACUACUAAUGUUUCAAUCAAUUCAUUCAGGCACAAUGUCUGUUGUUUCA